UUAUCACACAUUUUUAUAGCCAAUCAAAAAGAAGAAUACCGGUUUAGCCUGACCAUCAUGGCGCCCCGCGAUUGAUAAUGUGGGCAUAGGAAAAUAUUUGCAGAUUGAGCAUUUUCCAGUCAAGACAGGGGAUCACGUUAAAAAAGGUAUUAAGCGGGAAGAAAUUUCAACAACACUAUGGCUGACGAGGCAGCAGCAAACGAGCUGAGAUGGACUACCCUGUUUGAUAAUAUGCAGGCCAAAGCUAAGGCUGCUAUGGAGAAGAACAAGCCGAAGCCUAAAGCUGCUGCUGGUGGAGGAGGGGGGGAUUUCGCCCCUGAGAUGAAGGAGAUGGCAGUUGAGCACCAUGGGAAGAAGGGGGGCAACAAGAGAAUGUCUGUUGAGCGAAUCUAUCAAAAGAAAUCUCAACUAGAACAUAUUCUGCUGCGUCCGGACUCCUAUGUCGGUUCUGUUGAAGCAGUCACGCAGGCUAUGUGGGUCUAUGAUGAAGUAACUGACACUAUGGUCCAGAGAGAAAUCACAUUUGUACCAGGGCUGUACAAGAUCUUUGAUGAAAUCAUGGUCAAUGCUGCUGAUAACAAACAGAGGGAUCCCAGCAUGAACUGCUUGAAGAUAGACAUCGAUCCAGAAAACAACAAAAUCAAAAUUUGGAACAACGGGAAAGGUAUUCCAGUCAUUGAGCACAAGACUGAGAAGAUGUACGUCCCCACCAUGAUCUUCGGCCAUCUCCUGACCUCUAGUAACUAUGACGACUCUGAGAAGAAAGUCACAGGUGGUCGUAAUGGCUAUGGUGCCAAAUUGUGCAAUAUUUUCAGCAAGAAAUUCAUUGUCGAGACAUCUUGUAAUGAGUACAAGAAAGGUUUCAAACAGACAUGGACCGAAAACAUGACCAAAACGAAGGAGCCAACAAUUACUGACGCCAGAGAAAGUGACUUCACGUGCAUCACUUUCUUCCCUGACCUGGAGAAGUUCAAGAUGCAGAGCCUGGAUGCCGACACUGUUGCUCUCUUCACCAGACGAGCCUAUGAUGUGGCCGCUUCCUGCAAGGGGGUCAGAGUCAUGCUCAAUGGAAAACGAGUACCGGUGAAGAACUUCAGGGACUACAUAGACCUGUUCAUCAAGGACAAAUCAGAUGAAGCAGGGGCCCCUUUAAAGAUUGUGUACGAGCAACCAAAUCCUAGAUGGGAAGUUGCCAUCACCCUCAGCGACAAGGGCUUCCAACAGGCCAGUUUUGUCAACAGUAUUGCAACAACAAAAGGUGGUCGACAUGUAGAUUAUAUCACAGAUCAAAUUGUGUCUAAAAUCAUUGAAAUCGUCAAAAAGAAAAACAAAGGUGGAGUCAACAUUAAACCAUUCCAGAUCAAGAACCACAUGUGGGUGUUUGUGAAUUGCCUGAUAGAAAACCCCACAUUUGACUCCCAGACAAAAGAGAACAUGACGUUACAAGUUAAAAGUUUUGGCUCAAAGUGCCAGAUGACUGAAAACUUUAUAAAAAUGUCCAGCAAGUGCGGUAUCGUGGAGAGCAUCCUCAGCUGGAUGAAGUUCAAGGCUCAAGCUCAGCUCAACAAGAAGUGCCACGCAUCCAAACACUCCAAACUGAAAGGCAUCCCCAAACUAGAUGACGCUAAUGAUGCUGGCACCAAGAAUUCCAAAGAUUGUACUCUCAUUCUCACUGAGGGAGACUCAGCUAAAACCCUGGCUGUUGCUGGCCUCGGCGUGAUUGGGAGGGACAGAUAUGGGGUGUUCCCCCUCAGGGGUAAAGUCCUCAACGUAAGGGAGGCUACUCACAAACAGAUCAUGGACAAUGCUGAAAUCAACAACGUGAUUAAAAUCAUGGGCUUGCAGUUCAAGGAGAAGUAUGACAGCAUGGACGCCAUCAACCGUCUGCGAUAUGGCAAAAUCAUGAUCAUGACAGAUCAGGAUCAAGAUGGCUCUCACAUUAAGGGCCUUCUUAUCAACUUUGUACAUCACUUCUGGCCAAACCUCCUUAAGUUCAAUGUGAUUGAGGAGUUUAUUACACCCAUUGUGAAGGUUACAAAAAGCAAACAAGAGAAAUCCUUCUACAGUUUGCCUGAGUUUGAAGAGUGGAAAAAAGGGACUGACAACUGGCAUACCUGGAAGAUAAAGUACUACAAAGGUUUGGGAACCUCCACAUCAAAGGAGGCAAAAGAAUACUUCAGUGACAUGGACCGUCAUCGGAUCCCCUUCAAGUAUGUUGGGACGGAGGACGAUGCUUCUAUCAACCUGGCGUUCAGCAGGAAGAAGAUUGAGGAGAGAAAGGAAUGGCUGACCAAUUGGAUGGAGGAGAGAAAGCGUCGAUCAGACAUGGGGUUACCUGAGUUGUACCUGUAUGGCAAGGAAACCAAGAAAGUUACCUACAAUGAGUUCAUCAAUCGAGAACUCAUUCUCUUCAGCAACAUGGACAACGUGCGCUCCAUCCCAUCCAUCGUGGAUGGCCUGAAGCCUGGGCAGAGGAAGGUCCUGUUUACUUGUUUCAAGAGGAACAUUUCGAAGGAAGUCAAAGUAGUUCAACUUGCCGGCUCUGUUUCUGAACAAUCUGCCUAUCACCAUGGAGAGGUAUCACUCAUGGGCACAAUCAUCAACUUGGCUCAAAACUUUGUGGGUUCCAACAACAUGAAUCUCUUGCAACCCAUUGGUCAGUUUGGUACCCGUAUCCACGGGGGCAAGGAUGCUGCCAGUCCCCGUUACAUCUUCACUGCCCUCAGUUCUCUCACACGCCUGACGUUCUGCUCUAAUGAUGACCCGUUGCUGAAGGCUCAGUUUGAUGACAACCUUAAGAUUGAACCUGAGUGGUACUGCCCUAUCAUUCCCACCGUCCUCUGUAACGGAGCAGACGGCAUUGGAACAGGAUGGAGUACCAAGAUCCCAAACUACGACAUUCGAGAGGUGGUUGCCAAUGUCAAGAGGAUGAUUGAUGGCCUGGAACCAAGGAAAAUGCUUCCAUCCUUCAAGAACUUCAAAGGAAUUAUUGAAGAAAUUGGUGAAGGACGAUUCUUAGUUUCCGGUGAAGUGGCCAUUAUUGAUGACCAAACGAUAGAGAUUACUGAGCUACCAAUCAAAAUAUGGACACAGAACUACAAGGAGGAUGUGCUGGAGCCACUCCUUCACGGCUCUGACAAGACACAACCAUUGAUCACAGACUACAAGGAGUAUCACACAGACACCACUGUCAAGUUCCUGGUGAAGAUGACCCCAGAGAAACUAGCACAGUCGGAGGAGGCGGGGCUUCACAAAGUGUUCAAGCUACAGAAUCAGAUUACCACCAGUUCUAUGGUGUUGUUUGAUCACAAAGGUUGCAUUAAACGCUACACCACUGCUGUGGAAAUUCUCAGGGAAUUCUUUGAUGUUCGAAUGGAUAUGUACAAGAGGAGAAAAGAUUACCUUGAAGGCAUGAUGGCGGCUGAGUCACUUCGGCUGGACAACAUCGCACGAUUCAUCAUUGAGAAAAUCGAGGGAACCAUUGUUAUUGAAAACAAACCAAAGAAGGAAAUUAUCCAGUUGCUGGUCAGGCGAGGCUAUGAUUCCGACCCAGUCAAGGCAUGGAAGGAAGCUCAGAGCAAGAGCAUGCCGAACACCAGAGGGGAAAUGGAGGAAAAUGAAGACGAUGAAGAAUCUGACAUCUCCACCGGUCCCGACUUCAACUACAUUCUCAGCAUGCCGCUGUGGAACCUGACGAAAGAGAAGAAGGAUGAGCUGUGCAAGCAGCGUGAUGCCAAGGCUGUGGAGUUGGAGAAGCUGAAAAGGAAGUCUCCAUCAGAUUUGUGGGAGGAAGAUCUGGAAACUUUCCUGCAUGCAUUAGACGCUGUGGAGGAACAAGAGAGAAAUGAUGAAGAGAUAUCGAGGAAUGUCAAACCUAAAUCUGCAAAGCUUGGCAAGCAGAAGGCCCGUAAGAUGCCAAUUCAAGAAACAAUGCCAUCCCCCAUGGGUCGCCGUGUUGUGCCCCGGGUGGAUUCAGCAAUGAAGAUUAAGGCCACUAAAGAGGCUGCCAAGAAGAGCAGGAUGAAGGAGAGGAAGGAGCUGAAGCUGGAGGAUGAUGACAUGGACAUCAAGAUGGAGGACAAUGCUAGUGAGGAGCCAAAGAGUCUGGCAGAGAGACUUGGCGCCACUAAGAUAAAGAAGGCGUCACGGGCUCCGGCAGGAGAGGGGACAAGAGUUCGCAAACCCAAGAGCAGUCCCUCCCCCGGAACACCAAGCAAGAGGAAGAAGGGAGGAAAAAAGAAGAACCCUUGGUCUGAUUCAUCAGAAUCUGAGAAGAGUGACGUGAACAGUGAUAAGGACAAUGAUGAAGGCGAAAGCUUCAUCGUUAUACCAAGGGACCGCGGGCCUAGACGCGCAGCAGCUGUCAAGGUGAAGUUUGAGCUGAGUGAUGAAGAACAGAUCCGCAGUGAUAACGAGGAUGACAAUGUUGUAAUGAAUGGGUCCAGUGAGCCUGUAGCAGCACAAAGACUGUCCCCAAUGAUUUCAGAUGAUGAUGAUGAUGAUGAUUAUGAUGCAGACAGUUUCAAGCCCACUGAAUCAACAAUCUUUGGGCAAUCCAACAAAACAUCCGACCGUGCCAAAGAAAGCCCCCUAAUAACAGCCGACUUCUCUGACAGUGACGACGACAAGGCCAGCCUGCAGCCAUCAGCUCUAAAGUGGGGCACCUCAACAAAUUCAGGACCAAUGACAAUAGAUAGUGAUGAUGACAACGACAAGGAUGACAUAUUUCCACCAAAGCCAAAAGAACCUGUUGCUAUGAAACCCAAGGCUGCUGCUAAGCCCAGAGCUCCUAAGAAAGACAAGAACCAGCCUAGUGUAGAGAGUCUGUUUGAUAAAGUCUUGUCCAAAAGUUCAUCUUCCAAAGCUGGAAGUAAAUCCAAGACACUGACUAUAAGCAGCUCCGAGGAUGAAACUGACUUCUUUGCUGUGAAGAAAGACAAGGCAGAGGGAGAGAAGAAAGCAAAGAAACCGAGGAAGAAGAAAGACCCUGACAGUGACGACAAGCCAAAAAAGAAGAGGGCAGCAGUACCUAAACGUUCAAAGAUGACCUCUGACAGUGACGAGUUGGAAGAUUUCAUGCCCAAGAAAAAGUCCAAGACAUCAAGGAAAAAGAAGGAUUUCAGUGAUGACGAAGAAGACUUCAACCUGGAUGAAGAUGCUGUUUAUCCAAGUGCUGCAAGAACAACUACAGGCCGGGCACGGAGCUCCGUUAAAUACACAUUCGACAGCGAUGAAGAAUUGAGUGAUUUCUAAGACAAGCUGUCCAUCAUUUGGUGAUAUUUAUGCUAUGAAAUGCGAAAUGGACGCUUGAAGCCUAACAAAGGCACUAAAACAGAUGGAUUCACCAUCCAAACUUCAAGCCUUAAAACUACAUUACUAGGAACUUCUGGUUAAUGAGAUUGUCAGAGCUUUGGAUGAAUCCAAGGUCAAAGUUGUCAAGGAAAGUCACUGACAUUAGAGGGGGGAAUCUCAGCAAAUAUUUGUAAAUUGAUUUUUACAUUUCUAGUCUGAUUUUUAUUCAAUCCUUUAAAAGGAAUAACUGAUCACCCUUUUAAUUGUGUUUGACAUUGAACUUUCCUUUAGUAAUACGCUUGGAAUCUUCAUUAUGAAUUACAUUUUUAGAAUUGAAAAAGAAAUAUCUUACCAUCAAGUGAUUUAAGUCAUGAUUGAUUUUUAGAGGAUAAUUGCAAGUUUUAUGAUCCCAGCAUUUGUAGUUUCUUUAUGUUCGGGUAUCUCCCCUUCCUCUUGUGUAGAGGUGAUAGGAAACGUAUUUCAUUCAAAUUAAAAAGAUAGAAUGUUGAUAUUUCUAUCUUGGUGUCUGUAAAUAAUAUCAGUCGAUCAUUUUUGCUGAUGGAAUAUGUACAUACAAUAAGUAUUUACAUUGAAGUAGAAUUUAGUGUCAGCAUUACCUGUAAACAAUACUGAAAAAACAGCUGUUUGAAGAAUGAAAUCUAUUCUUCUGCUUCCACAAGCAAUUCGUGAUAUUGCUGGAAUAUUGCUAAAAGUGGCGCAAAACCAUACUCAAGCAAUUGAAAUAUGGACAUAGUACUAAUCACAUGUUUGGGUCCAAGUUGGAAGAUUUAACUAAAGUGCUUUUUUUUUUUUUUAAAGUCCCACAGUAUUUUAUCUCAUGUUAGGUGAUAGUAGUGAGAGAACUUUGUACCAUAUCUUCUUUUCUACUUGCUGUCAUCUGUGGUGUGCUGCUUCACGCUACAUUCAUUAAUCUAGGUCACACAUUUCAUUCAUCAGUCUUUUUUUUAAAUCUGUUUCAAUUUGUCACUUGUGUUUUUAGCAAUUUCAGCAUUAUUGAUUUUGAUUUUGCUGCUAGUGACGACUAUACCUUGAAGCUUUCAUCUCUCUCUCAUUUCUGUUUUCUCGACACCUGUCCCUGCUGUCCAUUGCCCAUUGUUAAUAUCAUGUACAUGUCGUCAGUCCACAUUUUUACACUUGUUUCUCACCCUUCGCAGUAGAUUUACUUUGGAAACCAUUUAAUCCAUUAUUUCACAGUUGAAACUCAUUGUGCAUUGUUAAUAUCCAUGUUAGUAUAAAUGUCUUGUAUUUAAGCGUCAAAAACCACUGGUCAUAUUUAUGUCAUGUUUUUAAGUUAUGAAUCCGGAUGCUUACCAUAUUAAUUCAAGGCAUACAUCCUCACCUGGAUACUGCCUGCCUCGUGGACAAUAGCAUCAUUUGGUGCUCUUUGACUGAAAAAUUAAACAAUUAGUAACAUGUCUAUUUUUCUCAAAGUAUGUCAACACAGAUAGGCAGCUAUUGUCAUGAUUAAGAAGUUAGGGGAAACACAUUACUGACAGAAGUUGAUUCCAUUUAUCACUCAAUUUCUAGAUGAUGCAAAUAAUUUUAGAGUAUUUUCGAAAAUGCCUGUUUGUGAAAAUACUAUUUUGCAAAGGGUUAGAGGUCAAAUAAGUUUCUCGUUUCCUAUUUAGUUACGGCUCUUCAUAAGUUAUGAUCAUCUUGGGUGAAGCUCUAUGUAAACAUACCAAUGGCAAUCCUACAGAGUGUAUGUAAAUGAGUUUCAGGUAUUGUUGGGAUUUACGAAACAGAACUGUGAUUAUUUGUUUCAUGUUUGGCAAUUCCAUAAGCAGGGGUUAUUUUUCGGAACCUAACAACUGAGAUGUGGAGAAGGUUAAGGAACUGUUGUACAUGUGACAGGCCAAGUGUGUUCAAGUAACAAGCAUGUUGCAGAGGUAAAUGAUUCAUUUCAUUUAUGUAGAUAAACACCCAUAUUGUAGUCAUCAUCACAUCAAUAAAACAUGAAACUUA